AUGGUUAUUGCACCAGGCCAGAGGAUUUUACCUGACAUGAGAUUUGACUCCACAGAGAAGAACCUUUUCAUAAUAACGGAAACAAAUAUUACCAAAGUUACUGUGGAGACAUGCAGUCAGUCGGACUCCUGCAGCAGUUGCCUUAGUGACGGGGACCCUUACUGUGGCUGGUGUUCCUUGGAGAAGAA